AACCGACUAUUACGAGCUGCAAGAGUUGACGAAGUUGGGGGCAACAUUUGGAAAGCUCUGUGACACCACCAAGAAAUCUAUUACUUCAACCAUAAUCUUUUUCAUAUAUUCGGAAUAGAUAAUCCAGAGAAUAAAAGGAGGAGGAGAUAUUUCUAAUUUGUCAUCAAAUUUGUCAAUGAAGCAGAAAUGGAAGAUAAAACAUAGGAAUCUUUGUCCAAAGACGGUGUGCUCGCUCACCAUAGAAAAUUCUGAGGUGGAAGUUAUGGUCUCUAGUAGUAUAUAGAAAUGGGACGAAAGCAAUCACUGCGGAGCAAAGCAGCUCAUUUUGUAUCGGAUCUCACCACUGUCCUACUCAAUCCAAUCUCUGACAAACCCUCUAAAGCCCCUCCCCCUCCUUCUGAAGAAGGGGACAUAUCAAAUGUACCUGAUUUGGAGUCAACUAAUCGAGAUGGUAACCAGAAUUUAACUGACGGACCUGAUACUUCGUCUUUCACUGCAUUCCUCUAUUCGUUCUUGUCUUCUUCAGAUUCUGGAGACAAUGCAAACUCUGAUAGGCAAAAUGACACUAGAAGUCGAACUGAUACCCCUCCAUCAGACUCAGCCAUGAAGGAAAAUAGUGGAAAGAAAAGUUUGUUUUCUAGGGGUAAGCAAUCUCUUGGUAGAGCUAUCAACCAAGCAACAAGAAUCACAGGACUCCGCUCUCAAGAGAGGAAGGAUGAGACUGAAGUGAAAUUGGACAAUGGGCGUGGUUCUAAUUUAUCUGGUGUAGAGAUGAGGCAUAUUAAGCCUGAGGAAGCGACUAUAUCUUUGAUUGAUCUACCAGAAGCUUCAGAACCUUCAGUUCUUCUUUCAGAGAAAAUGAGAAAUGUUCUUUAUGCUUCUCUUCCAGCUCUUAUUCAUGGGAGGAAAUGGAUGCUGCUAUACAGUACACAGAGGCAUGGGAUAUCACUUUUGACACUGUACAGGAGAAGCUUGCUUUGGCCUGGCUUGAGUUUGCUGGUUGUUGGAGAUCGUAAAGGUGCAGUUUUUGGUGGCUUGGUUGAAGCACCACUAAAGCCAUCAAACAAAAAAUAUCAGGGAUCAAGCAAUACUUUUGUCUUCACUAGCACCUCUGGCUAUCCUACAGUAUAUCGCCCAACAGGGGUAAACCGCUAUUUCACACUCUGCUCCCCUGAUUUUCUGGCAAUUGGUGGGGGAGGUCAUUUUGCGCUUUAUUUGGAUGGUGAUCUAUUGAACGGGUCUAGUUCAGUAUCAGAAACUUAUGGAAAUCCUUGCCUUGCACAUUCUCAGGACUUUGAAGUCAAGGAAGUAGAGCUGUGGGGCUUUGUAUAUCCUUCGAAAUAUGAAGAAGUUCUAGCAUUAAGCAGAACAGAGGCACCUGGGAUCUGUCGAUGGUAGUUAACCUUGGAUAUGUACAUCAGGCGUGAGAUUUAGUGCCUUGCAGCCUGUUUCUGUAUAUAGGUCAGAGUUAGAAUCCUGACAAUAUAAAUAUAAACGUUGUAAGAAAUGCCAUGUCCAGACAACAUGACAAAUUUCGCUCAUCCAACUACGUUACAAAUAACACAAUGUAUGAGCAUGAUGUGUAUACAUUUACUCCAGUUGUAAAUACGAAAUUGAUUAGUAGGACUAAA